CCUAUACAAAGCUAAUUAAUUGUUUCUUCCCACGCUUCAAUUAAUUUCCACAGCAAAAAAAAAAAAAAAAAAAAAAAAAGCUAGCUAGAAACUUACCUUUACAAUGGAGGGGAAACGCUUGCAAGGCAAGGUAGCGGUGAUCACCGGCGGAGCCAUGGGGCUGGGAGCCGCCGCGGCCAGGCUCUUCUCCCAACACGGCGCCAAAGUCCUGAUAGCCGACAUCCAGCCAUCGGAACUCGGUCACACUCUCUGCAAGGAGAUCGAAUCCGAGUCCGGCCAGCCCGUGACCUACGUCCAAUGCGACGUGACGAGCGACACCGACAUGCAAAACGCGGUGGACACUGCCGUUUCGAUGCACGGGAAGCUGGACAUCAUGUACAGCAACGCCGGGAUAUCGGGGCAGAAGAUCACCCCACACGACCUCCGCAUCUCCUCCCUCACACCCGAAGUCUUCAGGAAGGUGUUCGACGUCAACGUCUACGGAUCCUUCCUGGCCGCAAAGCACGCGGCCAGGGUGAUGGAGAAGAGCGGUAAUGGUGGGGCCAUCCUCCUGACUGGCAGUGCCGCCACUGCCAGCUAUGGGAUGGCCCCGCACGCCUACACGGCAUCCAAGCACGCCGUGGUGGGGCUGACGAAGAAUUUGUGCGUGGAGCUGGGGCAUUUCGGGAUCCGGGUCAACUGCAUCUCGCCGUUCGGGGUGCCGACGCCGCUGAGCAUGGACAUCACCGGUAUGGACGAGGCGGCGUUCGAGGAGGCGUUCAAGGCCAAAGGGAACCUCAAGGGUGUUGUGUUGAGGGCGGAGGAUGUCGCGAAGGCGGCGUUGAAUCUUGUGAGUGACGAUUCCAAGUACGUCAGUGGGAUCAAUCUUCUGGUCGACGGCGGUCAUUCCCUCAUGAGCGCUUGAUUAAUAACAGUACGUACUUGCAUGCAUGCAUGUGAAGAAUUUGGUUCUCGUUGGGGGCUGAGAUGGUUGAAUUGGGAGGUUUUAAUAAUGUAUUAAUUUACGCAUUUAUUUGAGAGUUAAAUUGUAUGCGAGCCCUUCCGGGUUUAGCGACGAGGUCUGCCUUGUUUCUUUUAUCAGUAGUCUGUAUUAUGCCCAAAGCUUCUAUAUCCACCAUUUUUAUUCAAAAAUAUAUUAAAGUGUCAUUCUGAAU